GACUCGCCCUCCACAGAGAGCUAUGUGAGUAACGGAAGUCUGCCCUGCCCAUCUACAAGUUCAAGUCGGCCUCACAGAACGGAAGGCCACGACUCCACAGAAGAACCCAACAGCUCGUCAGUGACUGAGACACCGACAUCUAAGUCCCAAGAUCAGAUGACAUCACCUACUCUUUCAGCGUCACCCUAGAGCAGAGGCACAGCAGGGCCCACAGAACAGGUGACAUCAACAGUACACACCCCUGCCAUGACAGUCACUAAGAGCAUGCCACUGUCAGAUUCCACAGUGACCUCUGCAGUAAAGGAAUCGAUAGUGACAUCCAAAACCACAGUUUUAUUCAGCUUGGCCAUUUCAGCUGAGACCCCACAAAUGAAUCAAAUUCCACUGUCAUCAACACUGGACAAAGCCAGGGACACACACGAACCUUUACCCACAACAACCACGGCAGUUACAAACACCUCUUCACCCACCACAGUCGCCCUGGGGACAAAUGUUCUCAGCACAGCCACAGCUGAGACUCAGGAAAAAGACACUGCAGCUGUACCCCCAACCCCAGCGACAACCCCCACAACAAGCAAACCACCAGACCCACAGUGCAGCUCUGUGACACAGACGCCUUCCCAGCCAGCACAGACAGACUCAAGCAUAGGCCCUGGUACAACCCAGUCACCUAAACAUCCCACAGGCCUUGUCCAUAACGCCUCAGAGACAACCAAAUCCUCCACUAUAAUUGGGACCAGUCCAGCACCCCCCAGCUCAAGCCAGAGUAGCGGUCCAGGGGGUGGUGCCUGUGCUUUGGAUGAGUAUCUAGACAGCACCAGAGGCUGUAGGUGCAACAAGAGCUACUAUUCCCACUUGGAACUAUCCAGGGAGAUAGGGAUCCUGCGCUGCAAACCAGAGGUCAUUGAGGUGGCUCUGAGGAGCUGCUUCUUGAAGCAUCAGCACUGGGUCCUGAAGAAAGAUGUCUUCUCGGGGUGUUCAAGUACCAAUACAACAGACCAGGGUCACCGGGUCCAGGUCUUUCAGUUGGAGAAGAAGGAAGGAACUUGUGGACUCCACAUCUCUACCAACGUCAGCCAUGCCCUGCACUCUGUGAAUGUGCACCUUGAACAGGCUCGCCUUGGCUCUGGCUCAAGAGUGCUCCACUUCAGCUGUGUGUACCCCCUGGUGGUGAACGUCAGCAAGCCCAUCUCCUACCAGGAGGCCUCCAUUCCAUGAGUUAACACUGUCCACAUUCCUGGCACUGGAAAGACUGUCAUCGCCCUGAGCGUCUCCACAGACCUCCAACUCCACAAACCACUCGAGGACCAUGCAGCUCCCGUGGGCAUGCCCCUCUACGUGGUCCUCAGAUCCACCAGCAGUGAUCCUGACCGGUUUGCGCUGGUGGCUAAUGAAGUCUUUGCCAGGGACAACCUCUCCAACACAGUGGCUAAGGACACCUAUCAUUUUGUGAAUGAGAGGUGCCCAGUCGGGGACCGGCUGCUCCAGGACUUGAACAAUGGAGUCUCUGUACAGGUGACACUGGCCUUCACUCUGUCGCGAUUCUUGAAUAGUGACAUGCUCUACCUACACGCCCAAGUGACCCUCUGUGACAAGCAAGCGUCCCGCCCAUGCCAGCCGUCUUGUAGUGGAAAGAAUUACCUGCGGAGAAAUUCACCCUGGGACUCUCGAGUUGGGACCCGUCUGGAACCUGGCGGUAGCAAGUGGAUCGUAUUUGGGCCUCUCCGAAUAAGCGAGCCCAGAGCCUCCAGCAGCAGGAGCAGAGCAGGAGCCUGGAUGUCCAUCUUGCUCCUGAUGGUGACUGGCUGGAUGCUGGACUAAAAGCUGGUCCAGCCUCCCCACUCCAACACGAGCGCUUAGUGUCUAGUUUCCUUGCCUCAGCCAAGGAUGGAGCGGAGGAAGACUUGAUGAGAGGCAAGUGUGACCUCUGUUAGGCACCAGAGGACCAGUGUGUAGCCCAGCGUUGGGAAGACUGUGGCGACUGCCUGGUGGAUUAUGCUCUCUUGUCAUGCCUUUGUUUCCUAUCCUUGUAGCUCAUAGGGGAGGGCGUGUGAUUAGACCACUCAACAUGA